AUGGAGGUUGGUCCUUCUUCUUCCUUAUGCUCCAUGAAAAUAAAAACUCAAAUCCUCACCCUUGUCUAUGCUCACGUUUGUCGUCUAAUCCGAGCAAUUUCGAAAGCAAAGUCUACUUUCCUUCAAAUUUGUAAACAAAACAAACCUAUACGAUUCUUGAUUUCCAGCUCAAAGACCACAAAAAACAAGCAAAAGAAGCUCUUCUUUGGUUCGUUUAGGCUACACUACAACUGGUGUUCUUCCCAUGUUACACCAGUUCCGGUUCCGGUACUCGAAGGCUGCACCGCGACUCAUUCGUACUACGAUUCAGUGAUUCCAGCAGGUGAGCAAUGUGAGGAGGAUACGGUGGAGUCUGAACUUUCAGGUUACCUUCAAUGGCUAGAAGAAAAGAAGGGUAAUAGGAAUUGUACGGCCGAGACGGAUCUCAAUGAGAUUGAUAAGCUGGCAGAAAUGUUUAUAGCCGAUUGUCAUGAAAAGUUUAGGUUGGAGAAGCAAGAGUCUGACAGGAGAUUCCAGGAAAUGAUGGCUAGAAGCAUGUGA